CUGAACUGUGAAAUCUGCAGCACCUGUGACAGAGGAGCACUCUUUGGGAAAAAAAGUUGUCCAAGGAAAAGCAGCUGCUUCAACUUGUGUCCCAUUGGAGACAAGUGAAUCUGAAGUUAUAUAUUAUAUAAGACGUAGGUGAUGACAGCAGUUUAUCAUUAACCUGAACCCUGCAAGAAGCACAUAAGGAGAGGAAGAAGAAGAAAGCCAGAGAAGCAGCCAGGAUGGAAUCCAUCAUAAGGAUCAACAAUGCUGCAGACAUCUCUGUUAUUGUUCUCUACUUUUUGAUAGUUCUGGCAGUGGGACUAUGGGCUAUGUACUCCACCAACCGAGGCACAGUGGGUGGGUUUUUCCUGGCUGGCCGGAGCAUGGUGUGGUGGCCGAUUGGUGCAUCUCUGUUUGCCAGCAACAUUGGCAGUGGGCACUUUGUGGGAAUAGCAGGAACAGCAGCAGCUGGAGGAAUUGCCAUUGGAGGAUAUGAGUGGAAUGCUCUGAUAUUUGUGGUGAUUCUGGGAUGGAUCUUUGUCCCCAUCUACAUCAAGGCUGGGGUGGUGACAAUGCCAGAGUACCUGAGGAAACGUUUCGGUGGGAAACGGAUCCAGGUCUACCUGUCAGUGCUGUCCCUCAUCAUUUAUGUUUUCACAAAGAUCUCAGCUGACAUCUUCUCUGGAGCUGUAUUUAUCCAGCUGGCCAUAGGGCUGAAUCUUUAUUUGGCCAUAAUCAUCCUGCUUGCUAUUACUGCUCUUUACACCAUCACAGGUGGCCUUGCAGCUGUGAUUUACACAGACACCCUACAAACAUUCAUCAUGGUAUUGGGAUCCUUUAUUCUCAUGGGAUUUGCAUUUGCUGAGGUGGGAGGCUACGAGGCUUUCAUGCAGAAGUACAUGGCAGCCAUUCCCUCCAACGUGUCCUACGGGGGCACCGAGGUGGAUCCCGCGUGCUACACGCCCCGCAGCGACGCCUUCCACAUCUUCAGGGACCCCAUCAGCGGGGACCUGCCCUGGCCAGGGCUCAUCUUUGGCCUCAGCAUCCUUGCCAUGUGGUACUGGUGCACUGACCAGGUUAUUGUGCAAAGGUGUCUCUCUGGCAAGAACAUGUCCCAUGUGAAGGCUGGCUGCAUCGUGUGUGGGUACCUCAAACUCUUGCCCAUGUUCAUCAUAGUGAUGCCUGGAAUGAUCAGCCGCAUUUUGUACACAGAUGUGGUGGCUUGUGUUGUGCCUGAAGUCUGCCAGCGCUACUGUGGCACCUCAGUGGGCUGCACAAACAUUGCUUACCCAAAACUGGUAGUGGAGCUUAUGCCAAAUGGUCUGCGGGGUCUGAUGCUGUCAGUCAUGCUGGCCUCCCUCAUGAGCUCCCUGACAUCCAUUUUUAACAGUGCCAGUACUUUGUUCACCAUGGACAUUUACACCAAAAUCCGGACGCGGCCAUCUGAGAAGGAGCUGAUGCUGGCUGGCAGGGCAUUCAUGUUACUCUUAAUUGGCAUCAGCAUUGCCUGGGUUCCUGUGGUGCAGUCAGCUCAGAGUGGGCAGCUCUUUGAUUACAUUCAGUCUAUUACCAGCUACCUGGGACCUCCCAUUGCUGCUGUUUUCCUCCUUGGUAUCUUCUGCAAGCGUGUCAAUGAGCAGGGUGCCUUCUGGGGCCUGAUCAUUGGGCUGCUGGCUGGACUUGGCAGGAUGAUUUCAGAGUUUGCCUAUGGAACUGGCAGCUGUGUGGCCCCUUCCAACUGCCCCUUCAUCAUCUGUGGCAUUCACUACCUCUACUUUGCACUGAUCCUCUUUGGCGUUUCUGCCAUCGUCAUCCUGGCAGUCUCCUUCAUGACCAAGCCCAUUCCUGAUGUACAUCUCCACCGCCUGUGCUGGGCCUUGAGGCACAGCAAAGAAGAACGGAUUGAUCUUGAUGCAGAUGAGGAGCAGGACAGAGCUGAUGAAAAAGAUGAUGAAUCAGUUAAUGAGGAAAACCAGGAGGAGCCAGGAUGCUGCAGGAAAGCUUACAACUGGUUCUGUGGCUUGGACCAACAGAAGGCCCCCAAACUGAGCAAGGAGGAAGAGGAGGCACUGAAGAAGAAACUCACAGACACCAGUGAAGUGCCACUGUGGAGAAACAUUGUGAACAUCAAUGGCAUCAUCCUCUUGACUGUGGCUGUGUUUUGCCAUGCCUACUUUGCAUAGCCCCUGAUCACAGCCCUGAAAUUGUACUGCAUUGUUCAAGCAAAAAUGAUGGUUUGUAGAUUUACACAAUUAGAUACACGUUGUAUUUUCAUCAUCUACAUUUGUAAAACAUCAGAGUGAUUUAUUCACUGAUUUUGUGAUCAUAAUUUCAAC